AUGCAAGACUUGAAAGAUGGUGCUGUGGAUCCCUUGGACGUGAGAAAAGACAUUUUUAGGGCCUUGUCAGAAUCCGACUGGGAAGCCUUUCAUCUCACAUUCAAAGCCCCCAAAUCCCCAAAAUUCUCCAAGAUUACCCUGAAACCGAGGGAAAAGGCACUCUUCAAGUCUGGAAUCAAAUCUGUGGAACAGAUUGCAAGAUGGAUAACGGUACCAAAGUGCGUGAGGAAUAAACAUUUUUAG